GAAUCACCUCUUGUUUCUAACCUAGAGAGUUUAUGUCACGUAUGUUACUAUACGUUCGAAGUCGCAAAAUUGUGCAUUAAAAAAAUAAAAUCUUCCAAAGUAUGGACGAACACGUUCUUACAGCAUUAGAAAAACGUGUUGCCGAAAUGGAGAAGGUUGUAUUCGGCGAAAUUUCACCCUUGGAUACGAAAAUCACUGUUGUUGAAGCUCUCCUCAAUGCUCAUACUAUGAUCAAAUCAUCUCUGAUUGGUCAUGAUAACAUUGUACACGUCCUCGAACGACUUCCAGAACUCAACGAAUUCUUGGACCCAACAUACUCUAAUAAUAACAUUGAAAUAGAAACCAAGAGAAAAUAUAUUUUACUGUUGCAUUCAGAGUUACAGAACUUGGGUGUAUUGUUAAAGGAAUUUCAGAGAGUAGAAAAAGUUGUAGACUCUGAUGCAAUUGCAAAUACUACAAAACUCAGUGAGAAGUUGGAUACAAUCAUUGCCAAUAAUGUAAAUACACAUUUGGAGAGUACAGCUAGCAGUAAGCAGGUGUUGGAAACCAUCAAUAAGUAUAAUGAUAUUCUAAGCAGUUUGGAAGUGCUUUUGAUGCAGUUUGAUCAAACUGCAACACAAAUUGAGCAGGAAAUGGAAUCAAAAAAACCUUCUCCUGAUGAUUAAUUUAAGAAAAUCAUAUUAAUUUAAGAAAAUAAGUAAAUAAUCCAAGCAGAGUAAUAAAAUAAUUUAUUUGCAAGUACACAACAACAUUGUAAUAAAAUAAUACAUGGGAAAUAGCAAAUAUUGUUAUUGA